AUGUGUCGACUCUUUGAGAUGUUGGCAUCCAAGAAUAUUGCACCACCAUCCUGGGGACGCUUAUCUGAACAAGCUUACCUUCUUUUUCAUAUUGCUAUCAGGCGAGCAAAAGCGAGGGCUAAGGGCGUCAAACCUGAGGAACUCGAUCAAGAUGAUCUAGGCUCUUAUUCUGGCGAUGACGAAGAUGGAGACGAUCUCGAGAACUGGAAGCGGAGCGCUGUGCCAGAAGAUCUCACACAUACCACGAAGAGACGCAAGACAUACGAGUCUCCGCUCUUGUCCAUGCAAUGUGAUAAACCCACUGCCAUCGAGACUUGGACAGUACCUCAAAUCAAACUGAAAAAUCCACUUGAUGGUCUUACCCUUCCCCAGAAGUCUCCACUGGUGCUGCCAUCAUCAUUCGAGUCUACAACUCCAGUUCUCACAUCUGCUGUUGCCAUCUCCCAACCCAAUGCCCUCGUCGAUGAAUUUUCUGGCAAGUCUCCUGAGGCUCUGGUCAAGACUGUCAUGGUCAUACACCCCCUUGUUGAUACACCCAUACCAAAUGGCCAGCCCACCACUUCAGUCUCCAGCGUUCCCAUUCACAGUGUCACCGAGCCCACCAAAGUGCCAAAGAAAGCCAGCAAGGCGCGUCCCAGCAGUAAGAAGAAUGGGAGGCAACAAGUCAAGAAAGACAGGACUACAGCAGAGUUUCGUAUCUACUGGGACGCACUUGAUACCCAACAGCGCAAUUCUUACGAGUCUGAAGCAGUUCAAUUGGUUUCCUCAAAUGUCUGGGUCAAGAAUACAGUCGGUGCAGUCAUCGAUGGUACUUUGCAUUGA